UGGGCUAAACCAUCUUGUUAAAGGUGACUCCAGGUAGCAAAGCUGCAAUAGCCAACCUGUGUAUAGGAGACCAGAUCAUAGCCAUUGAUGGGGUGAACACAGGUAACAUGACGCACCUCGAGGCGCAGAACAAAAUCAAGGGCUGUGCAGAUGAACUCACCCUGACGGUCAGCAGAACAGAGUCAAAAGUCUGGUCACCGCUUGUAAAUGAAGAGGGAAAGGCGCAUCCUUACAAGAUGAAUCUGGCCUCCCAGCCCCAGCAGAGACCGACGCAGUUUCCGUGUGCAUUCAGCAUGACGUGCAAGCCUGCUGGUCUGAACAGUCGCCUCUCGCCGAUGAGCGCGCAGCAGGCUCCCUUUGCCUCUGUCUAUAACCCGCUGAAGUCACCCAGUGUGGAGGCACGGGGCAGGCACAGCCCUGGUGCCCUGCCCAGCCAGGUUCGUGUGGGGCCAGAGCAGCUCAAGCACGCGGCCCAGGCCUGCCCUAAGAGCCCGGUGGAGGUGGAGGUGCCAGGACUGAAGGUGCUGCACGUGCAGUUCAAUUCUCCCUUGCAGCUCUAUUCGCAGAGCAACAUCAUGGAUUCCCUGCAGGGGCAGAUCUCCUCCAUCAGCCCUGAUUUCCCCAGUUUAGAUCAGCACAGCCAUCCCUCAGGCAGCAUUGCCAUAGACAGAGACUCUGAGGUUUACAAGAUGCUCCAGGAGAACCAAGAGUCGCAUGAACCACCCAGGCAGUCUGCUUCCUUCCUAGUGCUGCAGGAGAUUUUGGAGUCAGAGGAGAAAGGAGAUCCCAGCAAACCAUCUGGAUUUAGGAGCGUCAAGGCUCCCACCACAAAGGUGGCCUCAUCGAUUGGGAAUGCCCAGAAGCUGCCCAUGUGUGAUAAGUGUGGAUCUGGCAUUGUCCUUCACUUACUGCAACCCACUUAGCUCCAGGGGAUGAGUGCUGGAUGCACACCUGCAUUGUUAUUGAAGAAUUCAGCUUUCUACCAGGUAUGGUGUUGCACUGCUGUGAGACCCAGCACACUGUAGUUGCAUGGGCCUGGCAUGCCUCAAUCUCCAAGGACUAUCAGAGUUGUUGCAGAAGCAAUCCAUAGGCUGUAAAUGUGAAUCAGAGACAAAUCAUACAAUUACUCUGCCAGCCAGGUAUGGCUGAAGAGAAAGCACAGGACUAUGACUAGCUUUAAAAAGUAACGAAUAAUGAAAAAUAUAGAUGGCUGAUGGAACAAAUGCUGCUGGCAACUUGUGCUGCUGUUGCUGGUAGUUUGCAAGUUACUGUGCAGUUCUCCUUAGAUUUGUUGGAUCAGUUUGGGAAGGUUUCCAACCAGAGUUUGUCCAUGCUGAGUGGGACAGCGAGUCUGAGACCAGUCAGGAUCUGGUUAGCAGAGGCAGCCCUUAGCAGUGGGCAGUGGCUGGCUGUGCCUCCAGUGGUGGUGGCAGUCACUUCCAGAUGUGGUAUAAAAUCUGGUGGUUUGUGACCUGCCUGGAGCUUGCACCCUACCUGAUGUCAAGCUGAUCCUAUUGUUUCUCCCUGGAUGUUUGAAGGCUGUUAGCUGCCUUCCGCUGUUGGAUAUUGCUGCCAUUGCAGUGCCUCAUGCCAGCACAAGCACUAGGACCUGUCCCUGUAGAAUUGAGGUCCUUGUUAGAACAUGCUUUCCAGAGGCUUCCCAUGGCUCUUCUGUGCUGUCAGCACUGAGGCAGAGAUGAGAUCUACACUAUGGGGAAAUGGUCCAGCAGGUGGACGCUGAGGUGCAGGGUGAAUGGUGAGGUGCUGGGCUGGGGGCUGUAUUGGCAGACAGCGGGUGUUGAGUGCUGGUUCCUU